AUGAGAAUCCAUCAACGCACACAUACAGGGGAGCGGCCGCAUCGCUGUGCUGACUGUGGCAAGGGCUUUGCACACAGCUCAAGCCUCAGCAAACACCAGCGCACACACACCGGGGAGCGGCCGCACUGCUGUGCUGACUGUGACAAGAGCUUUGUACAGAGCUCAGUCCUGAGAAGACACCGGCGCACGCACACCGGAGAGCGGCCGUAUCACUGUGCUGACUGCGGCAAGUGCUUUGGACAGGGCUCAAUCCUGAGAAGACAUCAGCGCACGCACACCGGGGAGCGGCCGCACCGCUGUGCUGACUGUGGCAAGUGCUUUGGACAGAUCUCAAACCUGAUAGUCCAUCAGCGUACGCACACCGGGGAGCGGCCACAUCGCUGUGCUGACUGUGGCAAGGGCUUUGUACAGAUUUCACACCUGAGAGUCCAUCAGCGCACACACACCGGGGAGGGGCCGCACCACUGUGCUGACUGUGGCAAGCACUUUGCUAGGUUGGCCAACCUCAUCCAGCACCAAAUCACGCACAGCAGUGCCCCUCUGCCAAGGCCAGGGCCUAAGGAGCUUCUGGCAGCCAGUGGGCCUGGCACAGCACCAGCACGUGUGGACCAGGGAGUGGUCCUGUGCCCAUGA